CUCACAACACAUCUGUCAACUAUUCCCAUAACUUUUAUACAGAACGGAACGCAGCCCAACUUGUAAAAGUCAAUUUACGAUUUAUGGUUGCUAACUCGCUAGCUAGCUUUGCCGAAUAAAAAAGGAAAAAGCAAAAUUGCGAGGAUUUAAAAACAUUUUUGGUGGAUUUUAGUGUGAAACUAAUCGCAAAAGUCAUAUUGGACAACUAUUUUACUACAAUGCUACAGAACAAUUUUAUUAUUCUGAAGACUUUGAAAUUUUCUCUGUUUUUUUUCUGAUUAUUUGAUAUUUAAUAAAAGUUUCAUGUUAUGGCUCCAGUAAACAAAGAUAGACAUCCAAAUCAUACGGGUACUAUACCUAAAACAAAAGCUAGAAACAAUUGUAAUGUGCCGCAGGAAGCUGUAACUCCUACGAGAAGAGACAUGACGAACAAUCUGGUAUCGACUUCCUUGGAUUGGGUGCCAGUUUCAGAGUACAAUUCAAGGCCUAAUUACAAUAAAUCUAGAAAACCAUCAAAUAAUACAUCUGACCAUGAGCUAACCGAUUUAGAUAAUUCUGUAUCAUUUGAGAGUGGAUUUGGGAGAUUCGUGCCAGUGAGGCCUCAGCCAAGAGCUCUGCCACUGAAUGUGCAGAAUCGUGAAAACAUAGGAAGUGACCAUCACGACGAUCCCAGUGGAUCUUCUAUCAGUGGACACACAUUACAUCCUUAUGCACAUCAAAUGCAAAAUGGCUUAAUUCCACAUUCCAAUCAUGCUGCAGCAGCUGUGAUGAUAGUCAACCCAACAACACCUAAUGCUGUUACUGGAAACAUAGCACAACCAUUUAAUACACCAAACCAAAAUAGAAACAAUUUGUCACGGAAUUUGAAUUCUUCUCGCAACAAUUUCGAAGGCAAUACCAUCACAAGCAAUAAUAAUUCUACACCACCAAUAACUAAUUCUCGAACUGGCACUAAAACCGUCAACUUAAUGAACAACAUGUAUGAUCAAGGGCAAGGCAGCUUCAACAAUCUCAAUGAUAGUAAUUCUAUACACAGGGAAUCUGCAAGAGCUUUAGGAGAAGCUAUAGUGGCAGCAUGCCCUGACGCGGCUGCAGUGGAACGAAGACUGGGACAAAUUCGAGAAUACAUAAGAGUUACGUCAUCCCUUGUUGACACUAUGAGAAAUUCAGAAGAUGAGGCUUUUAUUGAGCACACUAAGGAAGAAUAUGAUGAACUGGUAGAGAUGGUAAUGAAAUUAAAAGAGAGUGAAACUAAAUUAGAAACUAUGCUGGACAAAAUGAAACCUGAAAAUGAAGAAGUUCCAGCAGCAGACCUGAAUGACAUGCCAGUAGAACAAAUGGAAGUCACUACUCCUAACCUAACUGAAAAUGUUGAAAGCACACCAGAAUCAGUUUUGUUAAAUGAAAAAUGUUGCCAUGUCAAAAGUAUAAAUGACAAAACUUCUGCCAAUAGCCUGAAGAAAGUUACUAAUAUAGAAAAUGAACAAAUUAACAAAAAUUUGUACAAUAUUAAAGGUUGUGAAGAAUCACACAUUAAUACAAAUGCAACUAAUCAGAUUGUACAGGCUAAUCCAGAAACAUCACAAAAUACUAUACUAGAUAUUGAAAAAGAUGAUUCUCAUUUGGAUUCUCAAGAUAAAAUUGAAAUAAUAGAGAUUGAAUCAACUCCAUACAAUGAAUCUCCAAUCAAGAAGGAUGACAAACAUUUAAAUGACAUUUUACGAAAAAACAUACUGUCUUGUGUUGAAAAAGUAGCACUUAUUGAAGAAAUAAAAAAUAAACAAUCUUAUAAUAUGCCUGAACAGCAGGAUCUAGUGACAAGACCAGUUUCAGUACAGAGCAAUGGGUCUAUAUAUAGUGAUAAUGAACUUUGGCCUAAUGAAUAUAAAAGUAAAAUAGAAUUAUCACAAAUGCGUAUGGCUGCACUUAAACAGCAAGAGAAAAGGCUUCUUAAAUAUCAAGAAGAAGCAAAACAGCAAUUAGAAGAAUUGACUAGAGACAGGCAGUCUCAAGAAAUUCAACCUUCAACAUCACAUGACAACUUUGCUGGUAUGCAGAACCAGCCCUUUAGUGCAAAUUUUCUCCAUCCGAAUCGAAUGUAUGCUGCCAAUCAAAUAGGGGUAGCUACUACUCUGCCACAUUCUACGGAGACUUUGCACAGCCAGCAGAACCUUUCUGAGAACUUAGACAAUGAACAUGGACACAUUCACAGUCAAGAUGAACGCUUCUCACAGCGUGAAACUAAUGUUGCGAGUAAUGAAGAAACUACUAACGGCGUCCAGAAUAGCGAAGGUGAAGACGACGAAGGUCUGUUAGGAGAACGUGGCCGCAUGUUGCAAAUGAAACUGCGUGAGCUACAAAUGAAAAAACAACAUAUGGAGAACUUGGUAUCAGAGUUCCAGAAAUUGCAAAUGGCUACUUGCUUGGAAACAUCUCAUAAUACAUAUUCUAGUUCCGGGGAAGAUAGCGCAGACGACGAACCUACUCGCAAAUGUAAUAAACCUGUAAGUGGUAAUAUUAAAAAUGAUGAUCCAUUCAAACUGAUGGAGAUAAAAGCUAUUAAGACCGCACUACAGAAGACGAAGGAUCUCAUGAGAUCAGUAGAGAAUUAUGAGGCUGAUCAUUUAUCUGGAAUUCACGAUGAGACUUAUUCAGUCCCAGGACAUUCUAAUAUUCAUGAUAAUAAAUCUGAAGGCGGUGGCAGCGCGGGUGGUUGGUCGAACGAAGGCAGCAUGUGUCGCGUUCGGAACACAUUACCGCAAAGAAACAAGUUCACUAACGAACAACAUUCUCACCAACAACAACAACAACUUCAACAACAUCAGCAACAGCUUCAACUACAACAACAGCAGCUUCAACAACAACACCAACAACAAGUUCAACAACAUCAGCAACAUCAACAUCAGCAGCAAACUCAUGAAGCCAAUAUAGCUUCAUUGCAAGAAUUAGCGCAAGAGUUGCGCAUGGAAACAGAGAAGGUAAUGGGUGAACGAGCGCGCAUCAAAGAUAUGAUCUCGAAUAAAGAAGUGGCCCGCAAACAGAAGAAAGUAAACGAAGAAGUGAGAGCUGGGCCAAGUGGGGCCCCAGGUCCCGCCGAACGAAGGCAGAUGCAACUACGAGCCCUUCUAGCUGACAAACAGCGCGAAUUGGAGGCACUGCUGAAUAAAGAGAAGGUUCUCUGCACUGAAUCAGAAGUCCAAAAUCGAAAGCCCUCUUCCAGGUCUGGUUCAGUGGCAAACAGAUCUUACAACAGCGAACAGGAAGAACCAGAUUCACGAUCUGAACCAGUACUGAUUGAUUCACAGAACUCUAGAGAAAAUGAAAACUUCAGGGUUGGCAGUGGCGAUAACUCUCUAAGCGCUAGAUCGGUAAACACAGUACCAACCCAUUUGGGAAGCACUUAUGCUAGCGACAGUGACAGCGUUUCCAGAAACAAAUCCAAUCAAAGAAACCGAGUUCGAAGAAGACAACCUCAAGAGCGGCAGUCCGACGAAAUUAUCUCGCAGACUAACAAUACAAAUCAAAAUGUGCGACAUGAACCUAGGAGUGAGAUAUCUAACGUCAACAUGGUUCAACCGACAACACAAAACGUUGAAAAUCCUGUUAAUAUUCCAUACCACCACUUGCCCCCACCCACUUGGAACACCAAUAAAUGCAAUCAGGAUAUGCGCACAAAUCAGUUUACUCAGAACAGCCAUUCUCAGACCAUGGAUAGAUUGCUGGGCUCGCCUCAGAUGUCCUUUCCACCGUCUCUGCCAUUCAACAUGAUGAUGCCGUAUGGUAUGGUUGGUGCUUGCGGGGCCGCUUGCCCGUGCGGGUGUGCAGCGUGGGGCGCAUGGUGCUGGCAGCAGUUGGCCCUGCAGCAGCGAGAUCUGCACCAGCUGCGUGCCCAGCUAGCGCACCUUGAGGAACGGUGGCGUGCUGAAACGGCGUCUCACACGCUUAAUAACCAAGUUCCUCCCGGUAAUCGAGCCAAUAACUAUUGGGACAAUUUCCGCAGUUAUUCUCGUCAAAAUCUUCUCUCGGCUAACAGCAAGACAAACGCGGACGGCCACUUGGGCGUCGGCCCCCCUCACAAUCCGCAUCCGUUGGUCGAAAGGUCUCACAACACUCUGCACCAUACAUCAUCGUCCACAUCUCCCUCGAUUACACCGAAAAGAAACACGAAUGCAGCUAGCUCGUCACAUAACUCCCUUACACAACCUCAACAAGCCAACGAGGAAAUACCUAACAGGCACAUCCGCAGAAACGUCGCCUACGAACGAUCUCUCUCGUUCUCAUCCGCUCCGGACGUAUUGAACGUCAAUCAAAACUCUGAAGGCGAUGGAAACGCAGCUACCCACUCUAGAAAUAUUGAUGAACCAACCAAUUCAGUGAACUUAUCCAAUGUCAAUAUAAAUAGACAAGACGUCUCAUCGAAUCCGUUUAGAAAUUUGAAUAUCGCUAACCCCAUUCCUGAAAUAAUACAAUCGCAUUCCAAUAACAUCAAUUCAUCCGCCAAUAGCAAGAAAAAGUCCUCUUCGAAACUACCUGCCAAGAAUUCGACGAACAGGCGGAAUUAUACGUUGGACUAUUCGCAAACUAGUAAUAUUAAUAUAGCCAGUACUUCCGAGAUGCCUAAUCCUAACUUGGCCUCUACGAGCCGUGACGUUCACGAUAAAGCCACAUCUAAGUUGUUUGAUUUACUACGAGAAAACGUUUACUCUGAAGUUACUGCACUGAUUGGUGUUAACGAAUCGCAUCCUGAUUUCUUAAUACAAUUGUUUAGAGAAUUGCAACUGAUUAGUUCAGAUCCUCUGAGACAGAAAGUCUUGCAAUCGAUCCGCAAUGUACUAUCACAGUACAGUUCCAUUUUAGAAAGUCGCAGCAGUGACAAUGGUCAUGAUACAAGUAGGCCUGACGACAAUGUGACGACUUCUGAAGAUUCUAACAAUUACCAUGAAUGUAAUUCAUCUCAAAAUGCCUGCAAUUCUAGUACCGUGCAAAUCGAUAAUAAAAUAGUCCACUUUUUGCUGAUCAAAAGUGACGAAAUUUUUACUAUAGACUUAUUGGAUUCUUUGGCAUCGCAAAUCCUUUGCACUAUGUCUGAAGGCAGAUAUUCUCAACAAGCUAAAAAAAGGAUUAUUGAACUACUUUCAAAAUAUGAAGGUACAAGAGUUUGCGACGUUUCAAGUAAUAUUAUAGAGAACCUUCCCCUCUUUAUGGCCUCUCACAAUGAAGGAGAUGAAUCCAGCCACCUAGCGACAGAGCGAUCCGAAUCUUCUAUUCUACAAGACGUAGCAGGAUCGUUGAAUCUGUUUAGCUCGAGCGAUAGCCAGCUACAUCAACUCAACGCAUGCCCGUACGAUAUGUGGCCCGGGCACGUGCACAUGGAUAUUGAUGCCUCCGAGUUGAACGACAACAGUCCACGGUCCAGUCAAGAAGGCAAAGUGGAUUUGAUAAACUGUUCUGAAAUGCAUAACGGAGACCUAGCCGAAGCCGACCAGACUUGCCAUUCCGACAUCGAUAACAACGGCCGAGACGAGGCGGAGUCUAAUGCAGAGGCACUGCCUGACGUGGUGGACACUGAAGAAGUGACGCCCACUGAGGUAAUGCGACACGUACUUUAUUGUAGAUGCUUACCAUUAAUUAAUUGCACUAACCGAUCUGUUUAAUCUCUUGUGACUAUGAAUACUAAACUUUUAAUCCAAUUAAAAACGUAUACUAUCCUUAAUUUCAAGCGCUUAAUCCUGUAAGUGUACCCCGCCGAAUUUGUAAGCAGAAGUUGCCAAACCACAAUUUUAAAAGCCGAGUUGUAAUUUUUCAUAUUAAUAUUAUAACGUGUACAAUCAGUC